UACGUCACCCCGCCUUCCUUUCGCGGACGGAGAAAAAUUAAUAAAUUCAUUGUUUCUCACGCACUCUUCACCGGACGGUGUUAGUUUUGUGAAUCUAAAUUAAUAAAUUAAUGUUGUAUUUAAUUUCGUUCAACUGAAACCAAGCGGCGACCGUUUGUUGUUGUUGUGGCCACAGUAUUCUUUUGAUUCUUGAUAGUUUUAAGUUAUAAAAAUCAUUUCAAAUAAAUACGAUUGCUAUAAGUUUUUUGUUUAUACUUUGAUCGUACUCAGAAAUGCCCUAAAAUUUUAAGACAUUUAUCCUGAAUGCUCCGGUAAGAUGAAGAAGUUUGUAUUUUUCGUUCAUUGUGUUGUUCUACUGCUGGCGUCAUGUUUGGCUAAAAAUUCGAGCGAAAAAGUUGUGGUCCUGACUGUGGCAACUGACGACAAUCAUGGCCUGCAGAGAUUCCUCCGAUCAGCAAAGGUGUACAACAUUGAUGUGGAGGUGCUCGGGAUGGGCCGCAAAUGGACCGGCGGCAACAUGGACUUCCCCGGCGGCGGCAUGAAGGUGAACUUGCUGAAGGAGAAGCUCACCACGCUGGACAUGAAGGAGGACACCAUUGUGCUGUUCACUGACAGCUACGAUGUGAUGUACCUCUCGGAGCUGCCCGAGAUCGUGAAGCGGUUCAAGUCGUUCCCGGAGACCCGGGUUCUGUUCUCGGCCGAGCAGUACUGCUGGCCGGACGCCACGCUCGCCGCCAAGUACCCCAAGACCGACGCCAACAACCCCUAUCUGAACUCCGGAAUGUUCAUUGGUUACCUCUCGGAGUUGCUGGAGAUAGUUCAGCUGAAGGCUGUGGAGGACUCGGACGACGACCAGCUGUUCUACACCGGCGUGUACCUGGACCCUGCCACCAGGGACUCCUUCAAGAUCAACCUCGACCACGACGCACAGAUCUUCCAGAAUCUCAACGGCGUUUUGUCGGACAUCCAGCUCAACACCAACACGACAGAAGAAUGGCCGUUCAUCAACAACACAGUGACCAAGCAGCGCCCCCUGGUGGUACACGGCAAUGGGCCGGCCAAGCUCACGCUCAACCAGCUCGGCAACUAUCUCGCUCACUCCUGGUCCCCAACCAACGGGUGCGAGCUGUGCAAAGAGAAGAAACUGGAGAUUAAGGAAGAGGACCUCCCAACAGUGCUCCUCUCCGUAUUCAUCGAGCAGCCAACGCCCUUCCUCGAGGAGUUCCUUCAGCAACUUCUGGACCUCAGCUACCCUCAGGAGAAGCUCCAUCUGUUCCUGAGGAACAACGAGCCGUACCAUGAGGAACUGGUGGACAAGUUCUUCAAAGAACAUUCGGACAAGUACAUAUCGGCCAAGAGAGUGAAGCCGAGCGACUUCCUGAACGAAGCUGAGGCGAGGAAGCUGGCCACGGAGCGAUGCCUGAACACAGCCUGCGAGUACAUAUUCUCGAUCGACAGCGUCGCUCGCGUGGACAAGAACACCCUUCGCUACCUGGUGACGUCAGGGUAUGACGUCAUAGCGCCCAAGAUCAUGCGGCCAGGGCUGGCCUGGUCCAACUUCUGGGGAGCGGUUAACUCGGCUGGAUUCUAUGCGAGGUCGACAGACUACAUGGACAUCGCGUAUAAUGUUAUCAAGGGCAUAUGGAACGUGCCGUUCAUCACCAACGUGUACCUGGUGAAGAGCUCGGUCCUGCGCAAGUAUUCCGGCAAAGUGACCUACAGCCGGCCUGAGGUGGACCCCGACAUGGCCUUCUGCCAGAGCUUGAGGGAGGCUGGAAUCUUCAUGCACGUGAGCAACGAGUUCCAAUUCGGGCACCUGGUGAACCCCGAGUCCUAUGACGUCACGAAGACGCACCCCGACAUGUACCAGGUCAUAGACAAUAAGGAGGAGUGGGAGGCGCGGUACUUGCACCCCGACUAUGCGAUGAAUUUUGAGGACAACCGGACGCAUUUGCAGCCUUGCCCCGACGUUUACUGGUUCCCGCUGAUGUCGCAGCGCUUCUGCGUGGAAUGGAUCGCCAUCAUGGAGGCCUACGGCAAGUGGAGCGCAGGGGACAACAAGGACGACCGUCUCCCCGGCGGCUACGAGGCGGUGCCCACUCGGGACAUCCACAUGUCGCAAGUGGGGCUCGAGCGGCAGUGGCUGCACAUUCUGAAGGAGUACGUGAGGCCGCUGCAGGAGAUGGUGUUCAUCGGGUAUUAUCACAAUCCUCCGGUAUCAGUGAUGAACUUCGUGGUCCGCUACCGGCCCGACGAGCAGCCGUCGCUGCGCCCCCAUCAUGAUGCGUCCACCUACACCAUCAACCUGGCCCUCAACACGCCUCACGUGGACUACGAGGGAGGCGGCUGCAAGUUCCUCCGCUACGACUGUUCCGUCCGGGACACUCGCCAGGGCUGGCUGCUCAUGCACCCCGGCCGGGUCACUCACUACCAUGAAGGGCUGCAGGUCACCAACGGAACCCGCUAUAUCAUGAUCUCCUUCGUCGACCCGUAGAACCCUAAUGACGGGGCUGUGAGGUCUGAGCGGGCGUGGGAUUUGAGGUUGUAAGUGGCGCCACUGGUGACUGGGGGUGUCUUUUAGGUGAUUGGUGAAGGGAGGGUUUUAGGGAUACGUACGAUAGCCAUUUUAUAGCACAACCAUCGGUGAAUAGGUUAUACCGACCGCAUCGCUAUGUUUACAAAAUCGUAACUGAUCCAACCACUGACAAGUCACACUUCUCCAGUCACCACUUAACUAUUUGCCUCCCUUACAAAAAUGAGUAACUAAAUCGAUGAUCGCUCAGACCUUACGGUAAGACAUCUGGGACUCGAGCCGUGGUGGUGUUGGAGCUAACUCGUAGUGAUGCGAUAGAUGCGAGCGGCAGGCACGCCGCCCGCGCUCCUGUCGUGUCAUUGCAGUUAUUCAAGACAUCUCCAUGGCAGCGACGGGCAAUUUGUAAGUGCAGUUUAUGGUUUAAUAUGUUUUUGUUUGCAGUAACUAUAGUUGGUUGAAAUAUUAGAAAAAUCCAGUAAAAUAAGAACAGAAACUUCUUAAAUAUUGAUUUCAUCUAUGUGUUUGAUAAAAUAUAUUCGUAAAAAACUUUUUAAAUUGUCAUUAAUGAUAAGUUACAAACUGCCUGUCGAUGUCCCAGUCCAGUUAGUUGGAUCUAUAUAAUUUGACGGGUCGUUAUGUGGCUCCAACUAACUAACAAAUACAUAAACGACUGCUCUACUGUGAAAUUGCCAAUUAUUAGCUAUAGGAACAAACAUAGUAUAUAUUAUAUUUAAUGAUAAGGGCCAUAGCUCAAGGUUUUUUUCUGUAGAACGAAAAGAAAUGUUACGACAUUAUUACUUACUGAGUUACUUUCAGAAAAACACACUAACUACAACGGUUCUGAGGAAAAAUGUUACUUAGGCUAUGGCGCAUGUGGCCACACUCGAUUUGAUUAUCUAAAGCCUUUCGAUGAUGACGAUGAUGAUGAUGAUGAAGGUAUAUGAAAAUGGAAUCGUGUGCGGCCUCCUCUAUUAUAAUUAUGACAUUAUAAUAAACAAUGUAUAACAUCCGUGUCUAUAAUAAUAAGCGUAUUUAUAAUGUUUAUUAACGCAUUUAUUUACUAAUAUUUUUAUUCAAAAAUAGUUCUAUAUCAAUUGUAUUUUUAUGAGCAUUUAUAUUUUUAGAUUUAUAAUUAUUUUAUUACAUAAUUUUAUAAAUGACAAAGGUAUUGUUAUACGCCCAGUUUUGAUUUAUUAUGAUCAUAAUAUUUAGGUAGUAAGUAAUACAUGUUAGACUAUAUUAUGUUAAGCGUUUUGAGAUUGUGAGUCUCUAUAUAAUAUUACGUGUUGUAAAACAACUUGAAUUUCAGUAAUUAAGACAUGUGACUUGAUAUUUUUCAACUCCUACUUGUAUUUUCCUCAGUACUGGAUAGUUUAUUUCCAAUAAAGCUUCUUCCUAUAUUUUUUUGAACUUAAAUUUGCUAUAUAAUUAUCUCCAUAUCUUAAAAUCUCCAGAAUAACUCGAAUAUCCUUGACUAUAAGACUUUGUUUGUAUAAAACUUUUAAACUCAAUUUUAUCUAUCUAGUAUAACUGUUAGAUUUAAAUACUUGGUGUGACAUUACAAUACAUAAUCUUUUCAAUACUUCCUAAAACAGUUUUUUAACAAAUAAUUAUAGAGGGAAAUGAUUGGAAAACAAUUUUUUACCGUAACUUGGUGAACAAGUUAGUAAAGAGGUAUCUGAACAUAUCGAAGUCAAUAACUAUCGGUUUCCCACCAUUUCCCAAUCUCAAUUUCUAGCCAGGAUUAUUGUGUAAAAAAAAUAAAAAAACAGUGGAUUACCAAAGAUUUUUGUAUAACAUUUAAGAUAACAGUGUCUAUAUCUGGAAAAUAAACUCAUUAUAAAUAGAUAUAUA